CUGUAGCCAUUAAAAUCAGAGGUAAGGAUCAUCCUAAAAAGUCUGUAGCCAUUAAAAUAAGGGGGAUGGCUCAGGCUGAAGAGUAUACAGUGACUAUUUCACCUGCAUCAGCCAUACUUAACAAGGGAGAGAAUCUGAAGGCCCUGUGUAACAUACCCGGACUGUCUGCCCUGGACAUUAUCAGUAAACUCAAGGUCAGGUGGUACCACAAUGGCCGCCAGCUGACCAGUCAGCCAGUCUGUGAAUUUGAAGAGGCCUCCAUGUCAGACAAGUAUGCCUGUAGUGUGCUCUCCCCUCAGGCAAACAACAUCAGCUUAGAAUUCACCGUAAGAAACGUACAGAAGGCAGAUGCGGGGAACUUGACCUGUGAAGUGUUAGAACAAGUGAAAUACGGAGGAAAAUGGUACAGGGAUAAACUAGUAGCUAAAAAGUCUGUAGCCAUUAUGAUUAGGGGUAAGGAUAAUCCAGAAAAGUCUGUAGCCAUUAAAAUAAGGGGUAAGGAUAAUCCAGAAAAAGUCUGUAGCCAUUAAAAUCAGAGGUAAGGAUCAUCCGAAAAAGUCU